GUGUGUGUGUGUUUUUUCAUUCAUGUGUUCCAGCAGGUUUUUAUCUGCCACUGUGUGUCUCUCUCUUCAGCCUUCAGAGAAGUGUGGAGUUCUCAAUGUCACCAAAAUCACAGAGAAUGGAAAGAAAGUCAGGAAGAACUGGACCUCCUCAUGGACUGUGCUGCAGGGCUCAUCCCUGCUCUUUGCAAAGGGUCAGGGGGGCAGCACCAGCUGGUCUUACUACCGCAGCGACUCUAUCCCAGAGCUGCUCCUCACUCUUCUUAGCAGCUGGAAGCACUCAGUCAAGCCCCGUCCCGCUGUCUCCUAUGUGAACUGUAGGCCCGGUCAGGCUGCCGCUGUAUGUUCCCUCUCUCUCUGCAUGCGCUCCCACCUCUCUCCCAUUUGUUCAUUCACCCCUGCUGUGACUGACCAGGAGACUGACUGACGUGUGUUUGUCAAGCUUGACUCACCUUAACUUCACUUUAGAGAAACAGCGGUUUAGAGAGAGAUCAAAGGAUUCUUUUAAAGGUUGUGUGAUAUUUAUACUUUUAUCUUAAAUUUACAAGAAAGCAGCUACCGUACGUUUUUGAUCUUUGUUGCACUUUGUGGCAUUAAACUUGCACAUUUUACCUGGUGCUUGGAGAGCAGCC